UGCAGUCACGGAAGCUUUAAAUCAAAACAUCACCACAAUGCAGUUCUUCAGGCACUCGGUGGUGUUGCAUAACGCGCUCCACUCACGUUUUUUGCGCAAUGUUGGCAUUGAAGAUACUUAUACCGAGCGAGCGCUGGUACCAGCUCGACGAGAUCUAUGAAUUUCUUAUCGAAUAAACGGCAAGGGCAACUCGUGAAAUAACGUCGCAAAGAGAGCAACCGUGCGAACCAGCGGAAUGUGGAACGUUCAACGAAAGCGAUCAUUGCUGCGGCUCGAUAGAGACCCGUGCGAUGUGGGCGAGGGAGAGAAGGUUUGGCAGGCUGAGCUGGUAAAUCACUCAAAGUGAGCAUCGGGGGAUGUGUUCGUCUCCUGUUUGCAACUUAGUGUCACUGGCGGAAAUUCCACGUUCAUAUGGUGGAGGCGAGUAUAUGCAUAGGACAACCACUGUUUACCGCCCCGCAAAGUGGCGCAUCUGGUCGGGCCAUUGCCCCAAAACGUGGCACUACGUUUCCCUUUUAAGGCAGUGCCACGGACGAAUGCCUCGCAGGACGAAGCCAGAGCUCAACAGGACGACCGAGUGGGGGGCGCCCAUCGUGUGGAGCGACACGCUCGCCCCCGCCCAGGUGGGCAGCCAGGAUGCGGGUGGCACGCCCUUCCGCGUGGUCGUCACCGUGUUUGCCAUCGGACGAUACCUGGACAAAUAUUUGCCUACAUUUUUGGAGACGGCAGAACGAUAUUUCCUGCUGGGCCACGAGGUCACGUACUUCGUCUUGACAGACUUUCCCUCGUACGUACCUGUGAUUGACCUCGCACCCGGAAGAUCUCUCGUCUCAAUUAAGGUCAAGAAACAGGCACGGUGGCAAGACAUUUGCAUGGACCGCAUGAAGACCAUCGGUGACCUUGUCGAGAGCACCCUCAUGGGCCUAGCCGACUACGUCUUCUGCUUCGACGUGGAUCAAUACUUCACGGGCCCCUGGGGCCCGGAGGUGCUGGGGGACACCGUGGCAGUGAUCCACGCGGGAUUUUUCUCAAAGAGGCCGCUCACUUUCCCGUACGAGCGGCGGCCCAAGUCGGCAGCCUACAUCGCGCGCGGGGAGGGAGACUUCUACUACCACGCCGCCGUAUUCGGGGGCUGCUGCUCAGGCGUGGUGAACAUGACGCGAGGGAUCUUUCGGGGCAUCGUCCGCGACAGGGAGAAGGGGAUCGAGGCGAUCUGGCACGACGAGAGCCACCUGAACCGCUACUUUUUUGACAACAAGCCGAGCAAAGUGCUCUCCCCCGAAUACUCCUGGGAUCCGUCGAUGAGGUGGAAGGACGUGCCCUCUGUACGAAUGACGUAUUGGCCGAAAGAAUACAAAAAGGUUCGGGAACACCCGUAGAAUUGCACAAACAGGCAUAGGCUAUUUCCUUAUUCGCCACCUUGCUAGCUUGCAUAGUCAAAGAUGAUCGCACUCAAGAUGGGCUGGCAAAAAUAAAACUCCUUAAUACGAAUGAUAAACGGGAACAACCACAAAACGUAGCUGACUGCAACUAACGCCAUAAGUCCCACCCUCGCUGUCCAAAACGGCAGGAAGACAAUGGCUCCGCCAACUUUUACUAUGACGACAAAUGUAAGUUGUCUACACGGGGAAGGAAAGUACUAAAUUAUAAUAUUUCCACGACCUUUGUUGACCAGACCCACCAGGUUUUCCUAGCAAGGGUGAUGUCUCUCUGUGUAUUUCCAGUUGAGCCGUAUGCAGGUAACCGUUCAGCAUUUGAUGUUUGCUUUAUAACUGUAGACACACCUCCCAUUAGCAAAGUUGGCUAUGCACGGCGCGAAAGAAGUUCAACAUACAUACGUAGGUAUUUUAUUUAAACGGUGAAUGUAACAAGUACAAUAUUGUUAUUACUCCUGGUAAAUGUCAGAGGUGCUCGCUGGGAUGCGAGACAUUCAAUGACCGUACUCCUGCAUCGGCUCAACUGUGACCGAGACAAGGAGGUUCCCGAAGAAGCUUCCAGUCGACUGAGCGUUCCGCUCAGCAGCACACAAU